CCCUAAUCUGGUUAUCUUAUCAAGACAUACCAAAUGUUCCAUGCAUAGACGAUUCUUCUCACAGUUUAAUCGACUGGGAAACUUGAUGAAAAUGUGUGAAGAAGUGAACUCCAACCUUGCAAAAGAUAUCUUAAACAAUGUGGAUAGCUUUUUGUUCGACUGUGACGGAGUUUUAUGGAAUGCCAAUGACGUCAUUCCUGGAAGCUUAGAAACUAUCAAAGGACUGAAGGCCUUGGGGAAGAAGAUUUUCUAUGUAACCAACAACAGCACAAAGAGCAGGGCUGAAUAUGCCCAGAAAUGUAUAAAGCUCGGAUUUCCAGCUACUGAGGAUGAAAUUGUGUGUACAAGUUACAUAUCAGCUCUCUACCUACACAACAUGAACUUCAAAGGAAAGAUAUAUGUUAUGGGAAAUCCUAGCAUGGGAGCUGAACUCGACAGAUUCGGACUCAAGCAUACUGGAAUUGGCCCAGACCCCCCAGAUGAGGAUCAGGGAGCCCUUCAAGCUGUGCCUGGUUUAAACCUUGAUCCAGAGAUAAAUUGUGUCCUGGUAGGAUUUGACAAAUACAUAUCCUACCCCAAAAUAAUGAAGGCUGCAUCUUAUGCCAGACAGGAGGGCGCCCUCUUCCUGGCAACCAACGAGGACACUCAUCUCCCGAUGGACGUUCCCUAUGUUGUACCAGGUACAGGCAGCAUUGUGGCGUCCGUGAAGGUGCCAGCCAGGAAAGAACCCAUUGUGAUGGGAAAGCCAGAAAUCAAUAUGUUCAAAUGUCUACAGGAAGCACACAAUCUAGAUCCCUCUAGGUGUAUGAUGGUGGGCGAUAGGUGCAAUACAGACAUUUCAAUGGCUACAAACUGUGGGAUGAAGUCCCUCCUGGUCCUGAGCGGCGUGUCGACGUUAUCAGAUGUAGAGGAGUACAAGGCAUCAGGUGACCUGGUCCAAAGUACCUAUGUACCAACGUACUACACUAGCAAACUAGGCCAGCUGGGCAAGCUCCUUGGAUUCAGUAUAUCAUAAAGAUUUUAGAUUAGUUUAUUUUUAGAAAUAGAAGUUUACCUUUGUAAUGGACUGUUGAUCUCUCCUUUUUUAAACAACUUUAUCAAUGAAUGACUGUAAUGUUUAAUAUACAGAUUGAUUGACAUUCAACUUACGGAAAGAUAAUGGAAUAAUUGAACCUGUCUGUAAUGUCUCCAUAAUUCACAUCUUCAGAGACAGUGUUUGAAAUUGUGUGAAAUUUUAUAUUAAUUUUAAAAAAAAUAAGGAAGAUGUGAAUAUAACUUUGGUAGAUAAUUUGUUAUCUUUGCAGUAGUUUACAUGUACUUUCUUGUGUUCAUAGAGGAUGUGAAAUUGUGGGUGUGUCCAUAUCACAAAUAAAAACAACAACUAGAAUUCAUUGAAGAUUAGUGAUUUUGUGGUACAUUGUACAUGUAUCAUGCUGCCUUAAUCAUGAUAGUGUUCAUCUCUGUUAAAACCAUGUUAUUUCAGUCUCGAACUAGUGAUAUUGAAUUUAUGCAGUUUCAUUGUUUAAAAUAAUUAAUGAUUUUGUACCUAUAGUUCACAGGAAGUUACUGAAAUUCUGGUUUUUCUCUGUGAUGAUUGUUAACUGCACAAGAAAUCAAGAUUGUAAAAUUGUCUUUCUUGUAACUUUACUGUUACUCUAUGUCAGUUUAGAGCUCCUUAGAACACAUGCUUCAUUUUUAUUACGACAUGCUGACUUAAAAUAAAGCAUAUCAUUGUCUUAGAUACAUUUACAUGUAUAAGAAUUAUGUAUGAUAAAAGCCUUUCUGGAGCCGGUAAACCUCUAAAUUUUAUACCUUAAAAGAAAGAAUAAAAAUUAUUUCACGAGUAGGGGGGGGGGGGGGGGGGGGGGGGGGGGUGUCAUAGUGGAAGUUGACUUCACAAUUGUCUAAAAUUCUUGGCAAGCCAAAUUUAAAAAAAAAAACCCAAAAAAACAAUCAAAAUGUUCCUUUGCCCAAACUUCAUAAUUAUGAAUUGGAGUGGGUGGGUUAGUCCUUCAUAAGUUAACAUAUGAGUUCCACUCAUCAGUGCAGUCUUACCAUUUGAUGUUAUUAUAAAAAAAAAAAAAAAAGAGGGGGAGGGCAGUCAGCGAAUAAAUAUUUUGCAUGUAAAAAUAAGUUGUUAGAGGGGGUCACCCCUUCCAUUUUGGUUAUACAUACCUGCCUUGCUUUAAGAAAUAAUGAUCGCUUUUUCGUGUAUGUUGCAGGACAACCUCCUUGGUCUCAAAAUGUUGUUUUGAAAUAUAAAAGCCGAGGCUUUAUAUUUCAAACAACAUUUUGAGACCAAGGAGGUUAUCCAGCAACAUACACGAAUACAAGAACAUUAUUUCUAUUCUAUUACGGCUCAGAUAUAUUCAGCCAAUCAUUUUCCUAUAUAUCUACGAAUAAGGUCACUGUGAUGUCAUGGCAGUUUCCGAAACGGCCUACAUUGUUUUUUGCUGACGAAAAAGAUGAGAUGGUUUGGGGUAUUCUAAAUCUCUUUUAAAAAAAAUAUUUAGUUUGAUGUUAACAUAUCAAUUGCUUUGAAUACAGUUUUAAAAAACUUGUCUGCACCCCAUGUUAACAUGUCAUUAUGUAUCGCUCUCGGAAUGCAGACGAUUGGUUUAUACUGAAUGACAAAUGUUCUUCAUUCGUUUAUGAAUUUGUUUUACUGCAUAUAUUGAUUGAUUUUUAUGAUUUUAAAAUUGAAUCAUCAG